GGUCUGGCCCCGCCCGGCCCCCUGCCCCUCCUCCCCGGGGCGGGCGGCGGGGGCGUGGCCGGCGGCCAGGGCCUCCCGGCGGCGCGGCGGCCCCUGCACUCGGCCGGGCUGUGCUGGCUGCGGCAGGAGCGGGACCCGGUGGCUGCGGCGUGGGAGCAGUGAACCAUGGAGCUGUACUUUGGUGAAUAUCAACACGUGCAGCAGGAAUACGGUGUCCACCUGAGGCUCGCCAGUGAUGAAACCAAGAAGUUGAGGAAUUCCCAGCACCCUAAGGCAGGCUCCUACGGGGUCAGUAUUCGGGUACAGGGGAUCGAUGGCCACCCCUACAUAGUCCUGAACAACACGGAGCGCUGCCUGCCAGGCACACCUUUUUCUGAAAACGGGCCAUCGUUUCCACCGCCAGUGAUAAAUGACCUGACUGUGCAUCCCAGCAACGGGGCUGGACUAGAGGAGGACAGUGCGGACGAGCUGCCCUUUCCAGAAAACCCGUAUGCCCCACCCAGCUCAGGGAGAACCCCAAAGCAACCCUCUCUCUUUGAGGGCAAGCAUGGAGCUCUAGAAUGCAAAGAGGGGCCCGGGAAGCCAUCGCAGGUGCUGAACUUUCAGAGGCAUCCCGAGCUUUUGCAGCCCUACGACCCUGAGAAGAAUGAGUUGAGCUUACACAACCACCAACCUGCGCAGAGUAACUGGCUACAGACCCUAACAGAAGAAGGCACCAACAGUAAGAAGGGCUGGACUUACUUUUCCAAACCCAGUCGUUCCCAGCCCGCCAGCCCUCCUCUGGAAGAGCUGGCCAAGUCCAACGUGACGGCCAUUCGCCUAUGCAGCUCGGUGGUCAUCGAUGACCCCAAGAAGCAGACCUCCUUGUGCGUGAAUGUGCAGAGCUGCGCCAAGCAGGGGCCGCCGGCGGCGGAGGCCCCCUCCCCGGGCGGGAGGCCCCCACCUGCCCUCGGCCCGCACCCGCACCCCGAAGCCAAGAAAGCCAGGCCGGAUGUGCUUCCCUUCCGGCGCCAAGACUCCGCGGGUGCCGUCCUGGACGGAGCGCGCUCCCGGAGGUCCUCCUCCACGUCCACGACGCCCACCUCGGCCAACUCCUUGUACCGCUUUUUACUGGACGACCAGGAAUGUGCCCUCCACGCUGACAAUGUGAAUCGGCAUGAAAACAGAAGGUAUAUCCCCUUCUUGCCAGGAACCGGGCGGGAUAUCGAUACGGGAUCGAUGCCUGGCGUGGAUCAGUUGAUCGAAAAAUUCGACCAAAAACCUGGGCUGCAGAGAAGGGGCAGGUCUGGGAGGCGAAACAGAAUCCACCCCGAAGACAGGAAGAGGUCCCGGAGCGUGGACAGCGCCUUUCCCUUCGGCCUCCAGGGGAACUCGGAGUACCUGACCGAGUUCAGCAGGAACCUGGGCAAGUCCAGCGAGCACCUCCUGCGCCCCUCGCAGGUGUGUCCGCAGCGGCCACAGGCCCCGGAGCACCACCGCGGGAGACAGAGCCCGGGGCACGCCUCCGCCAAGCCGCAGGGGGCCCACCCCAGGCCUCCCCAGCAGAGCAGAGAUGGGAAAGCUCUGGAAAGCAAAGGUGGCCAGGAAAGUACCCCGGCGCGUGCAUCCUCCCUCCCAGCGCAGAAAAAGGAGGAGGAAAUCAAAACGGCCACUGCUACGCUGAUGUUACAGAACCGCGGGCGAGCGGCGUCGCCUGACUCUGGUGCCAAGAAGAUUUCUGUGAAGACAUUUGGGUCCACCUCAAAUACCCAGGCCACGCCGGACCUGUUAAAAGGCCAGCAGGAGCUCACGCAGCAAACCAACGAGGAGACGGCCAAGCAGAUCCUCUACAAUUACCUCAAGGAAGGAAGCACCGAUAAUGAUGAUGCCACUAAAAGGAAAGUCAACCUGGUCUUUGAGAAAAUCCAGACUUUAAAGUCUCGAGCAGCAGGGAGCGCACAAGGAAGUCACCAAGCUUCUAACUCUUCGUCUGAAGUCAAAGAUCUGUUGGAACAAAAAACCAAGCUGACCACAGAAGUGGCUGAACUUCAGAGACAGCUUCAGCUGGAAGUCAAGAAUCAACAGAACAUCAAAGAAGAGAGAGAGAGAAUGAAAGCAAACUUAGAAGAGCUCCAGAGCCAACACGACCACAAGGAGAAAGAGAACUCGGCGCUGCAGCGGCGGCUGGAAGAGAGUGAGGGGGAGCUCCGCAAAAGCCUGGAGGAGCUGUUUCAGGUAAAGAUGGAACGGGAACAGCACCAGACGGAGAUCAGGGAUCUCCAGGACCAGCUCUCGGAAAUGCAUGAUGAACUGGACAGCGCCAAACGAUCCGAGGACAGGGAGAAGGGGGCUCUGAUUGAGGAACUCUUACAGGCCAAACGGGACCUUCAGGACCUGCUCAUCGCCAAAGAGGAGCAGGAAGACCUCCUGAGGAAGCGGGAGCGGGAGCUCACCGCCCUGAAGGGAGCCCUGAAGGAAGAGGUUUCCAGUCACGACCAGGAGAUGGAGAAGCUGAAGGAGCAGUACGACGCCGAGCUGCAGGCCCUGAGGGAGAGCGUGGAGGAAGCCGCCCAGAAUGUGGAGGUUCUGGCCAGUCGGAGCGCCUCACAGCAGGCCCAGGGGGAUGCCGAGCGGCGCGUGCAGGCCCUGGAGGAGGAGAACGAGCGGCUGCGGGGCAGCCUGGGCGAGCUGGAGCAGAGCGUGGCGCGGCUGCAGAGGCAGGCUGCUGACCUUCAAGGCGACGAGGCCAAAGCCAAGGACACGCUCAGGAAGUACGAGGGGGAAAUCCGACAGUUAGAGGAGGCCCUCGUGUGUGCAAGAAAGGAAGAAAAGGAAGCCACGGCAGCCAAAAGGGCCCUGCAGAGUGAGCUGGAAGAGGCUCAGGGAAGGCUGAGUCGGGCCACCCAGGAGCAGAAGCACUUGUCCGAGAAGCUAAGAGAGGAGGCUGAGCAGAAGGAGCAGUUAAGGAGAAUGAAGAACGAAAUGGAGAAUGAGCGCUGGCAUCUUGACAAGACCAUUGAGAAACUGCAGAAGGAGAUGGCCGACAUUGUCGAGGUGUCCCGCACAUCAACGCUGGAGCUCCAGAACCAGCUGGAUGACUACAAGGAGAAGAAUCGCAGGGAGCUUGCAGAAAUGCAAAGGCAGUUGAAGGAGAAAACCCUAGAGGCAGAAAAGUCCCGUCUGACUGCCUCAAAAAUGCAGGAGGAGAUGCGCCUGAUGGAGGAAGAGUUGCGGGACUACCAGAGAGCUCAGGAUGAGGCGCUCACGAAGAAGCAGCUCCUGGAGCAGACGCUGAAGGACCUGGAGUACGAGCUGGAGGCCAAGAGUCACCUCAAAGAUGAUCGCGGCAGGCUUGUCAAGCAGAUGGAGGACAAGGUGUCUCAGCUGGAGCUGGAGCUGGAAGAAGAAAGAAAUAACUCGGAUUUGCUGUCUGAGAGGAUCACUCGGAGCAGGGAACAGAUGGAGCAGAUGAGGAAUGAGCUGCUUCAGGAGAGAGCUGUGAGGCAAGACUUGGAGUGUGACAAGAUUUCUCUGGAGAGACAGAACAAGGACUUAAAGAGCCGGAUUAUGCACCUGGAAGGUUCCUACCGGUCCAGCAAAGAGGGGCUGGUGGUGCAGUUGGAGGCCAGGAUCGCAGAGCUGGAGGACCGUCUGGAGAGCGAGGAGAGGGACCGGAACAGCCUCCAGCUCAGCAACCGCCGGCUGGAGCGGAAGGUGAAGGAGCUGGUGAUGCAGGUGGACGAUGAGCAUCUGUCGCUGACUGAUCAGAAGGACCAGCUGAGCUUGCGCUUGAAAGCAAUGAAGCGCCAGGUAGAGGAGGCCGAGGAGGAAAUCGACAGGCUCGAAAGCUCUAAGAAGAAGCUGCAGAGGGAGCUGGAGGAGCAGAUGGAUGUCAAUGAGCAGCUGCAGGGGCAGGUCAACAAUCUGAAGAAGAACAUAAGACUGAAGAAGCUGCCCAGCAAAGUGCUGGAUGACAUGGACGACGACGACGACCUCAGCACCGACGGGGGGAGCCUCUACGAGGCGCCGCUGAGCUACACCUUCCCCAAGGAUGCCACCAGCCAGCUCUGAGCCCUCUUCCGGGGCUGUGAAGGGGGCUCAGUGGCCGUCCUUCCAACCAGGGACCCUCAGCCGCCGCAGCAGGAGGCAGGAGAGGCAGCACCCAUCCUCCGGCGCCGAGACCUUCGCUGCCUCUUCCCAUAACCUGCGAUUCCUCCGUGCUCCGCUCCGCUCACCUAGGGGUGUGAGCGAACAUAGCUCUCCGGUCUUAGGGAGCUAUUGCAGGGUAAAGGCUGAGCCGUCCGAGGCCCGGCAGCCACCGCCCGCUGGGUGCUUUGGGAAUAUAAUUCGUCAGCCCAAGUCCUCUCUGCACCGCUGUCUGCGUUGCUGCUCCUGCCCCCUGCCCUCCCCCGCCAGGAGAAAGGGUCCAAAUGCUAGUCACUGUUUAACAGCCGCUGUGCAUGUGGGAAGUGAUAUGCAGCCUGUACAUAUUUUAAAGCAACUUCUCAUGGCCGCUGCUGUUCCGUUUCGGACUGUGACAGGCUUCCCGGGGGCUUGCCUGUCAGGUUCACAUGUCUGUAUUGAGUAUUACUUUUUUAAAUGUGAAGUUACUAGGUUUUAAGUAUUGAGGAGCAGAGGCAAGAGAGAGAAGGUAGAACAAAGACCAUGUGGACAUUAGAGCUGGAGAAAAAGAAUCGGUCUGGUGUUAAGGGACAGUGAACCCCGAGAAGAGAAACUCAGGUGGUCUCGGUACACAGCUUGCUGACGGAGGAGUCAGAGGGUCACUUGUGUCCAUGGCCUUGGUAGUUCAUUUUAUCUGGAAUCUUGUAAUUUCUGAACCGUGCUGAGACCAGUUCCCAGGCACCACUUGCAACUUCUUGGGGAGACUUGCAAGUAGGGCUUUCGACAGGUGAUGUGGUUUCCGGAACUUGGGGCCGUCCUGUCAUUUCUUAUUGGUCCUCUCCUCCCUCCGACAGCAGGCCCCUGAGUUGGGCUCUCCCGUCCUUGGGCAGGGUGGUUGCUGGAUGGGGAAGAGGAGGAUAUGGGGUUAAGGCUCAUGGAUUUAGGGGCGAGAAAGAGGCAGGAGGUAUCCAGUGAGGUCACAAGGAAAGGGAGAAGGGAGGAGAGAUAAGCAGGUGUGUGCGGGUUUGGGUGGGGAGGAGGAAAUCCUUGAAAGCUGGGGGAUGUGUAGACAGGAGGUGGAUUGAGCAGGAUCUCAGGUUUAUGUAGGAAAGGGAGGAAAGAAGCUGAAAUCAGAUAGAGGUGUGUCUGUGCAAACGGGAAGGCUCUUUCCAACUUCCUGGGGGAAGAGGGACAUCGGCCAGCACCAGGCACGGAGGGACUGCGGACUGAAAUUGGGUGCUGUCUGGGCAAGGCCACGUUGCAGGGACAGAAUUAUAGGGAGCGUGGCACUGGGAGGAUGCAGGGUAUCCGUCACUUCCUCCUGGCCUUCCUGGUGUCUCCUCCCACUGUGACAGUCCCCAGGCACACCCAGAGGCCAGGCCCAUCACAGCUGGGCUCCCAUCAGUCAGGGCCAGGGAAGGAACCCUGUGAGCCGUGGCCAUGGGUGGGGCAGAGAUGGCAGUGUUCAUCUGCUUCAGCAGAGGCCCACGCAUCCUAGAGACGGGAGGCAUGCGUUAGUGCCACACACACACACACACACACACACACACACACACACACACACACACACGUGAGGCCCCUGGAGCAGGAGCGCCACGCCUUCCUCACCUCUGGUUUGGGGUGUGGAGAAACUCCUCCCUUUAGCAACUGAUUCAUUUACAAAUAUUUAUGGGGCGUCUAUGAUAUGUCAAGCAUGGUCCUCGGCACUGGGAAUAAAACAGUAAGUAAAAUGGAUCAAAAUGCAACUCUUCCUGAGCACAGCCAGGGGAAAGGGGUGAUAGACAACAGUCAUACAAACGGCACAGAGGCCGGGCCCUCCGUACCCAGCCUGGACCCCGCUGUCCUCUCGGGGAUGCAACAAGCCUGCAGUUGGUCGCCUGGCUCGCUGGAACUCCAGGGUUCCUUCCACCCUCGGCACGUUCCUGAUUCCCCCGCUGCUUCCACCAUGUUGAGGAGGCCUGCCUGGUAAUGCCUCAGCCCACUCGUAACAGGCUGGGAGGUGAGAAAGCUCUGAGGCCCAGGAGCUGUGGGAGCCAGUGAGAGUUGGUCUUGGUUGGUGAGGAAGUCCCUGCCCCUCACUUUGGCCACUUCCUUCUGGUUCCCCUGGGCUGGCUGCGAGAAUGGAGACCAGAGCUCACCAUUCAGAAGACUUGCAUCCUUAUCUAAAAAUGGGCUGUUUUACAUGCUACCUGUGCCCUUCUCAUGGUGUUGGAGCUGGCAGUGAGCUGGGUGCAUGCGGGGAGAUUGAGGUGGGGAGAGUACUGGCCUGGACAUUGAAAGGGGUGUUUCCAAGUCCCAGUUUAUCUUGCCCUGGUGAUCCCGACGAGGCACAUGCCCACAGAGCCCCAGAUUCCCAGAAUAAAUGAGGACCAGGGCCCAGACCUUCCCAGCUCUGGCAUGCUCUCAUACUUUGAUUUUAUUAUAUACACAAGAUUUUUGUUGCUUUAAGGACUAACCCUACUCAAGAAUAUUUUCUUUAGCUAGCUUAAAAACAGAACAUUUUAUUUAAUAAACAAAUCUGUGGCCAAAUGCAAUGCCGAGGAGACAAUCAUCCUAUACCUUUAUAAUUGCUUUCCUGCUUCUGAGAGUCGUUCGACAACGCCAGGAGGCUCAUUCCACUGGGUUUCUGCCUUCGUUUGGUUUAAUUGCUUAGAUGUGUCAUGGGGAAGAGACAUUCUUAUGCAGCUGCCCUCAUGUAAGAACUCCUGGAUCAAGCAAGAUUGCCUUUCAAUAAACGGUCUCACCCGACGGGAA